GAUUCAUGUGAAGUUCAUUACAUCACUUCCCUUCCCUUCGCAUCACUAGUCUCUAUGUCUCUUUGUCUCUAUCACAAUGUCUAUAUUCAUGAAACGGCGGUAAUGAAGUAAAUGAGCCAAGCUCGGAUAGCGUUCCACGGCCCUGGAUGGUAGAGUUGCCAAGCAUCGCUAGUCAUUCAUAAUGGCUAGAUGAAGAUGAGCUGAACCUCGCUUCUGGACUUUGCCAUGUUAUAUAAUACAUUCGACGCCUUACUCACUUGCACACUCUCGUUUGGAUAAUAUAUUUUACUUCAGUAUGAAGCCAUUCAAUCUCUCCAAUUUCUGAACCACAUCCAGACCCACAUUCGUUUGAAAAAGGAGCAGCAUUAAGGGAUAGGGAAGAUCACUGGAGGCUCGAAGUCUUAGAAACUUGCCUAUACACCGUCAAAGGCACAUUCAAGAAGUAAGAUCUUUACCUGAUAGACCAUCCUCUUGCAUAUCAACGCAAUGGCGGGUAUCUUGGGCAGCUACAGCGACAGCACAUGCAACACGCACAAUGCCCUGCAAAACAUAUCCGAAUAUGCCUGCGGCGUAACCUUCCAAUUCAAAAGCUCCGACAAUCCGCCCGAUAUGCACUACGCCGUGGUAUCUCUGCAGAAAUGCUGUGCGAAGGCGAACCAGCCCGUGAUGCGCAUACCCGGCAACACGGGUUGCGAGAUGCAGUUCUGCGAAUUGCCGGCCGUCACCUCGUCGUAUACAUCCACCAUCUUAUACGGCGGAGCCACCCAGACGGCCGCGCCUACCGUCACUCAGGGUGCUGAGAUUAGUUGGCCUAGCGACGUCGAGUCCUGCAUGGCAUUCGUGUACGAGGGCGAUCUACCGGAUGAUAUCGCGAAAGACAUCUCUAACGCGGGGAACUGGUGUGUUGCCCGGAUGUACGAUGAUGAACUACCGUCAUCCGAUGUGUCGGCUGCUGUGACAGCGAGCCCGGCGCCGGCGAGUUGGACAUCGGCGGCUGCAGACCCGUUCGCAAAUGCGUUCUCAUCUAAGAGCAGUUCCUCGACGAGUACAGCCGCGAGUUCCACGUCGACGAGUAAUGGAUGCAGCGUGUAUGCUGACCAGAGAAAGGCGGGUGGAAUGGGUGUAUGGACUGUCGUCGUGUUGAUAUCCGCUAGUUUGGUUGCGGCUCUUUAAUCCCGUCUUCAUUGGCAUAUUGCCGGUAUCACCGCAUGCACGGAGCACCAACAGCAGCAAUGGGGCACCAACAGGCGCCGCCACCGGAGCCACGACGCGUCAAGCAUCCAACGAGAUCAUUUUCAAACGGUCUCUUUUUUCAUACCUUAUUGUGGCGUACGACGUACCACCCAUAGAUCCCCACGCCGACCCCGAAGUCUAGAAAUUCCGAUGCAACGGACAAUAGGGUCAAGCUGAAGCUUUAGAUUGUCGAUUUCAGUCGGCCGGAUAUAAGCGGGAAGAUGAACACUCAAAUGCAUCACUUCAGUUCACAUACAGCCUCAUCUAUAAAUAUCUACAUUAUCUAAUAAACACUUAUCAUUUUAGA